GUAGAACAAUCUAUACAAAUCUCCGUUCAUCUGAACCACAAUUUAAUUACUGAAAUCAAAACCACUCCUUGAUAUUCGUGGUUGUUAAGGUGAUCCGAAAUUCACUCGUGUCCACAAUUUGUCUCUUUAUAACCCUUGCUGUGCUCUCCAUUUUUUCAUCAUCGGAAGCAGCAAGAAAGAGAAAGAAGCUUAAGGGAGAAGGAGCAAAGGAAAUUCUUGCAACAAAGAGUGCAGCUUUUCCUCUCUUUCUCUCUUGUUCAUUCUUUCUCUCAUCACCCUUUGGUGAUAUAAUAAUAUAAUAAAGAAAGAAGCCAUGGCCAGCUUCGGAGGAACCACACAAAAGUGCAUGGCUUGUGACAAAACCGUUUACCUUGUCGACAAGCUAACUGCUGAUGGCCGUGUCUACCACAAAGCCUGCUUCAGAUGCCACCAUUGCCGCAACACCCUUAAGCUCAGCAACUACUGUUCUUUUGAGGGGGUCCUAUAUUGCAGACCUCAUUACGAUCAACUUUACAAGCGAACCGGAAGCUUGGACAAAAGCUUCGAGGGAACACCCAAAGUUCAGAAACCAGAGAAACCAAUCAUCGAAAGUGAGAACUCUAAGGGCAUCGCAAACGUCUUCUUGGGAACCAGGGACAAAUGUGUGUGCUGCAAAAAGACGGUGUAUCCCACUGAGAGGGUAACCGUUAAUGGCACACCCUACCAUAAGAGCUGCUUCAAAUGUACCUAUGGAGGUUGCACCAUAAGCUCUUCCAACUUCAUCACGCACGAGGGAAAACUCUACUGCAAGCACCAUCACAUUCAACUCUUCAAGGAGAAGGGUAACUACAGUCAGCUUGAGAAUGACCAGGUUCCUACUACCACCACCGAAUCAUCAACAUCAACAACAUCAACGGAACCCGUUGCUUGAUUGAACUCGCAUAGAAUGCUAGCAUUUGUUUUGCUCCGUUAAUGCUUGUAAACAAUAUCUUUAUUCAAGAGACAGAAAGUUUGCUCUA